AUGGAACCAUUUCCAUAUAAAAAUGAAGAAAACGAUAAUCCUUUUCAAACUUCAAGUUAUUACGGUGAUCAAAUUACAAAAGACUCCACUUUACUCGAGAUUGACCUUAGCACACCUGUCUCUCCUACUUCCAUACAAUUUGCUGACAUAAAGCCACGCGGAAUAGAGAUUUCCGAUGAACAUGAUCCAAAACAGUGGUCCAAGACAAAUAAAUCUUUGGUGCUGGUAUUCAAUUGUUUCGGGGUAAUGCUGGUGGGACUUUCUAAUUCGAUAUUCUAUCCAGUGAUACCGUUAAUAAGAGACGAGUUAGGUUUCACCAACGAAGUUGCCAAUAUUAUAGUUGCGAUAUACCUUUGCAUUGUGGGAAUUGCGCAACUUGGUUGGGCAGCUUAUUCAGAUGAUUACGGAACAAGACGUCGCGUUAGUCUUUGGAUGCUGUUAAUAACACGAGUCUUUCAAGCUUGUGGAAUCUCGGCGGUUCUGUGCAUCAGCGCUGGCAUAAUAAACGACAUGUAUAUACCAACGGAACGUGGAUUCGCCUAUGGAAUACUCUUCUCUGGCUACCUAACAGGUCAUAUGAUCGGACCCAUAAUAGGAGGAUUGAUAGGAUUUAAUAUUGGCUGGCGAUGGAUUUUUUGUCUUUGCUCUGUACUCAGUUUGGCACUUCUCUUAUUCACAUAUUCUCUUCCAGAAACAUUCUACACUCCUCUUCCUUCAACCUCAACCAACCAUCCACUAUCACAUUCAUUCGAUGGAGUGCCUUCUUCCUCAAAAUCAAAAAAAUCUCCAAGAUUCUUUAACCCUUUAUCCCCAUUAUCGUUAUUUCGUUAUCCAAACAACACUUUAAUUAUAUUCGGCAUGAUAGGUUUUUCACUGAUUUCAUACCUUCAAGACUUUUUAUUACUGAACACUUUUGUUGCUCAACGUGGCACGCUAUCCGAUGAAUCGAUUAUAAUAUUCCUUGUUAUUUCGUUGGGGUGCAUAGCGGGAAGUUUGAUAGGUGGAAUGCACUCGGACCUUAAACUAAGGAAGUCAAAAUCGCCUAACGAUGAUGAAAUUUUUC